AGACGCUCAGUGAACGUCAGAACAUGAAACGUAGACAGUGCACGGGAGAGCAUGGCGAUUGCCAGAGUGCUCGCAAGGCACUACAAUAUGAUGGGGGAUUAGAGGAAUAUGUUCGCUUCCAUAGGGAGCAAUGGCUUGAACGCAAACACGAGUUUCCAGGUGGUAAAUUGCCGCUUCUCCAAGUGCGAGAGGAGGGAUCACAAGAGAAAAAAACGUAUAGGGAGAGCAUGGCGAUUGCCAGAGUGCUCGCAAGGCACUACAAUAUGAUGGGGGAUUCUGAAGAGGAAUAUUACAGGAUUGAAAGAAUGAUGGGAGAGUGUGCCGAUUUGGAUAAGGAGUUUGUCAACGUAUUUUUCGCGCCUGAAUGUCAAAAGAAAGAAGUACUUGAAAAAGCAAUGACCGGAGAGGUGCCGAGACUACUAAACCUUAUUUGCGAAUCCCUUUCUGAAUCUGGCGGCAAGUUUGUCGCUGGUAACAAAGUAACUCUUGGAGACCUAUGCCUUAUGGCAUCCAUGGAAAAUGUACGGAGAGCUGACCCUCAGCUUUUGAAAACGAAAUAUCCGACAUUAUUGGCCCUCGAAUCGGAGGUGUGCAAGGUUCUGCCGAAACUUGCGGACUAUAUCAAAACACGACCAGAAACCCCCCUGUGAAGCAGACUGUAACGACCAUUAGCAUCCCAUGUAGUUAACACUAAGCUUUUCGUUCCAGUUCGACGUUAAAUAAAGCAGUUUCAAAG